UGGUCUCUGAUUCCUAGACUCUUCCUGAUCGGUUGCUCACUGGCCAACCUUGUCUAUGGCCAAACAUGUCAGCAAUCAUUCAGACUGUAUGCAUAUGGCGAGGGUAUUGGCGGUUUGCCCGUGUUCUACGCCGAUGGUAGCGCCGAAAUAGGCAAUCGAUCCCUCUCAACAGCAAAUGAGACGGUUUCUAUCUACUUUACUAUCCCCGAGGAAACGCCGACGGUCUGGCGGGCACAAGCAAACCGUACAGAAUCCAGGAGUCCAUCUUUUGAUUCUAUGGUUUUUACUUUGCCAUCCAUAUCAGGAACAUCUGGUGGGAACGUCGGGUUCAAAGAUCCAGAUGAUUCUUCCCGGCUGGAUACGAAAACGCUGAAACUCUACGGCAAUUAUGUUCUGAUCGACUCACAGAAUGCGAACUUCUUCACAACACGAAGCGAGAGCGGAGUUUACUCCCUGCAGUGGAGUGCAAACGAAACAGCCACGCCCAACAGGAUUCCAUUGAAGCUCAGGGCGAUCCAGCCAUCUACCGACUCCGUUUUGGCUGAUGGUUUUAACCCUCGGGGCGAACUCUAA